UUGUCAUUAUUUGCUCAUUCUCGUGAUGUUCCAAAUCGAAUGAUUAAGGCAUAGGUAUUAGGCAGGAUGUUCAUGAUUCUCUUUUCCAUAUAAUGAAAGGAAAUAGUGACCAGGGGCUGCCAAGCCUCAAAAGUAAUACAAAUACCAUAAAGUAUAGUCCAUAAGACCCAUGAGGGUGAGUAAAUAAUGAAUAUAAUUUUUUCUGUGAAUUUUACCUUUAACUAGGACUGAGUAUGCAAGGAGUAGAGGAGUACAUAGAAACUUUGUAGAGCUGGUUCUCACUGUUUUGUACAUUGCUGAUAAACAAAUAGAAGACUGAAAAAAUGGUAACAUUCACUAAAGUAGCGAUCUGCAUGGUUGUAAAUAAACUGUGACCUUGGAAUACUUGAAAGGCCAGAAUGCUUUUUGGCAAAACUCCACACAGGCUCAUUAGUUUAUAAACGGUAGCAAGUAAUGGCUUAUGUAGCGAUCCUCAGGAACAUUACAUCCUGUUAUGUACAAGUCAGCCCAUUCUGAUCUAAUAAUUACAAAUUGAUUAAAUAACCACUGUAGGAUUAUGAACAUUGCAGGCCAGAAAAUGUAAAUAAAAUUAAAAAUUAAAAAAAUUAAUUUACAUACUGUAUGCUGCACUAUUUCUGCACAUUUAAAAAGUUUUGAAUAAGACCCAAGUUUGGGUACUGAAAUACUGCUAAAGUAGUGCAAAUAUACUUACCCAGCAAUAUCUUAACUUUAACAUCAAAUCUAGCAAAUGUUAGCAUGUCUAAUCACCCGCUCCCUUCAACCUUUAGCAGACAGUCUGAGCAUGAAGAGUUUGGACAGGACAUGAUUACGCUCCCACAAACCCCUGACCCCCCGGAUUGCUGGGAAGCCUUAGUACGACAUAGUCUAUCCAAACCUCAGAUGGACUGCCCUACUUCACCAUGUUAUAUAACAUUCUGCAGCCCAUUAGCAAUGAAUCAGUGGCCCUCAUAUUCACUUCCACAAUCUAAUUGAUAGUACAAAAUAAUCCAGAAGUAAGAACAGUCUUUGUUUUGUUAACCCAUGGGGAAUGAGUGGCAGGAGGCCACUGAAAGGGUUAAAGGACAGACCGCCACUCCAAUCAGAGUUAAUGAUUGGAGUAGAAACAGAACUGCAGAAAUGAGGGAGCAUGCAGGGGCUGUGCUGUGGGGGAUUUGUAGAGGAGAACGAGAAAGGGAGUGAGAGAAAAGGGGGGGAGAGAGAGAAAGCCACUGUGCUUAAAUCCAGCUGGCUGCCUCCCUGGGAAUGUAAUCCAUAUGUGUACACGAGUUCAGCUGCAGGAAAAAGAAAAGAUAUUACCCGCAAAGAAGCGAUUGUUUCUGGUUUUCUUGUUUAAAUUCCACUCAUUCUGGCCCCUGGACCACAUACAAAAAGAUCCCUGGCUCUGGUUCAACAGCCAACACAAAAAGAGAGGUAUAGUGUAGAGAAGGACAAAGGGAGAGUUGAGGAAGUUGGAGAGGAUAAAAACGAAAGCAAAAGGAACAGUAGAGAACAAUAUACCGAUUAGGGACCUGAGAGAAGAAUGAAAGAGGACACGCAGGAGGAAGGCGUACUGAGUCAAAAUGACCCUAAUGGAACAGCUGGACACCAGCAAGUGAUCCAGACACAUCUAGAAGAGAACGGACCUUUGAACCCCUUUCUGAGCUCUGAUUCGGAAAUGAAUGGCAAGGCGGGUGGCAGGGGGCCCGUGAACAACGCCAGUGAAGCAAACAGCAACACCAACAAUCUCAGCAUGGUUUCUGAGACGCCCCCGGACUCCCAGAACUACCCACGGGGCACACGCACACCCACACCCAAGAGAGCCGCCACGUUUGGGAAGCGCUCCAACUCCAUGCGGCGCAACCCCAACGCUGAGGUGGCCCGGCAGGGUUGGCUUCACAAACAGGCAAGCAGUGGCAUGAAACAGUGGAACAAGCGCUGGUUCGUGCUGACAGAUCGAUGUCUCUUCUACUAUAAAGACGAGAAGGAAGAAGUAGUCUUGGGCAGCCUUCCUCUUCUCAGCUUCAAGAUUGGACCAGUCCAGGCAUCAGACAACAUCAACCGCAAGUUUGCCUUUAAGGUGUGGUGUGCAACCAGCGAAGAGGAGGAGAAGGAGGAAGAGGAAAGUGAGGAUUUAAAGGGCAGUAUUGCGUUCUGUUUGCAGGUUGAGCACACAGGAAUUCGUACAUACUUCUUCAGUGCAGACAGUCAGAAGGAGCAGGAGGAGUGGAUACAAGCCAUGACUGAGGCUGCCAGGGUCCACACCUCGGCCACAUCCAGAAAUAAAUCUGAGCAUGUCCCUACAGCAGAACAAAACGACAUGGUAGCCAAACGUCUCGAGCCCAACUCUCAUGCAGAGAACGGCCAGAGGCCAGAUGUCCACGAGCCUGUCAAACAUGAGCUUAAUGGCACAGAAACCAGAGGCACCAUGCCCAGCACCCCAGUGACCCCAGUUACCUCUUAUAUAGAGGGCAAGAUGGGGGAGAAAGGAGGCCUGACACCCCAUCACCCCAACGGCUGGGGUAACUAUGGUCCUCCCAAUGGUUCAAGAUACCAGUCCCAAGAGAACGUGAGGGACAUGCGGGAGCCACAUGAGGAGAAUGUUGUGAUGCGGAGGGGCUUUGUGCCUAGGACGGCACCAGAGAGACUCGCCCAGAGGAAGAGCUCUAUGACGCAGCUGCAGCAGUGGGUCAACCAGCGGCGGGUCAUAGUGGCUCAAGACGACGGCCGCAGUCCAUCCAGGUACUACACAGUGAACCGUGCUAUGUCAGCAGACUAUUACGGUGUGUAUAACGGCCCUCCAUAUGUGGAUGACUAUCCCCUCUACCCACCUGGUGUGCGACCUGAGAGCAUCUGCUCCAUGUCGGCUGCAUACAACCGACCACCUCCUCGCUGGAAUAUGGAAGAGAGGAGGCGGUCAUUGCGAGACGGACCCUUAUAUGGUCAACCUCGAGACCAUCAGUGGAUGAUGGGACCCCAGGGCCCUGCCUAUUACCCCCAGUUGGACUCAGCGCAGAACUCUAUGAGAGGGCUUUCCAUACAGCCACGCUCACGGUCAGUCCCUCGUUCACCCUCCUCUUCAUCAGGAGGACCCUAUUCUCCGCACAGCUUCGCCUCACCUGCCCGAUCGCCCAGCGCCAGGUUUGAUCGGGGACUCGGACGACUCAGAGAGGAAGGUAUAUAUGCUGACCCCUCAGUCUACGGGCUCCGCAGGUCACUGAGCUCACCUAAGUAUGAUUUCCCUGGAGACCGUUGCUCCUACAGUCAAGGAAUGUACCCCUACAACUACCCAGCAUCCCCUUCGGUCCAUAGAAAAAUGGAGGACAUUUUAGAUGUGCAGCUUCAGAGGAACCUGGAGUACCUAGAUAAGCAGAUGACAGAUGGUGAUCACCUAAUCGGCAUGGUAACCAGAAUGGUUGAGCGUUCCUCUCCUCGAGCAAAACUAUUCUCACAAGAGCCUCCAUUCCAUGAUGUGUACGGUGACCUUCAUCCCACACUGAAGCUCAAUGAGAUUGAGACCAGUAAACUACUGGGCCGCUUGUGUGAGCAGAAUCGACUUGUGAAAGAGCAGGAGGCUGUAGUCCAUCGUUUGCGAAUGGAAAAGGACAGCUUGGAGGGGGUGCUGGUGGCCACGCAUCAGGAGAUGGAGCUGUACAGGAACCAGCCGCUGGCCAUGGAGAAACUUCAGCUGAAGAAAGAGAGUCUACAAAACAAGCUGAUUAACAUCAGAGGAGAGCUGUCUCAUGCCUCCAGUGCCCUGACCACCACCCGUAUGGAGUUUGAGGCACUAGAGGAUGAAGUAAACAGCAUCCAUGGGGACCUGUGGGAGCACCUGAAUGCUGGAGGGCAGAGUGAGCCGGUACACAGGCACAUUCAGAAGGAGUUCUGGAGGGUUCAGGAUGUUUUGGAGGGGCUGCACAAGAACAACCCGUCUCGUGGCACGGAUACGGCCAAGCACAGAGCCAGUGGAGCAUCCGGCUCCUUCAGCACAAACAGUCCUGCAAGUCCCUUGAGUUCAGUGAGUCUGACGAGUCCUCUCAGCCCCUUCUCUCCUGUCCCUGGCUCUCAGGCCUCUCCAACUAAACAGCUGGCCACAGAGGAGGUUGGUCCUCCCCGACCUCCACUUCCUAAGUCUUACCAGCCCCUGGAGUCCUCCCAGUCCUUUCCCCCCUCUGUCCCUCCCCUGCCCAUAGACAGCAAUGCCUGGCUGCGCAGCAUGGGCCCCCAUUCAGGCAUCCACCAGGAAGGCUACAAGGACAACGAAGAUUUCCGCAGCAGAAAGCACAACUACAACUCACAGGGAGAAAAGAGCAGUGACUUUGAUACAGAGCAAUCCAACCAGAAUAAGGUGUGGGUUUUUCCACCAAGGACCAAGUCGCCUUCAGAAGACAAGAACAAUUCUGAUGGCAUCCAACGGAGAAAUGGGAAGGUGUCCAAUGGUCACAUUUCCAGAGAGAGGCCAAAGAGUGCAGUGUUCCCCGCAGAGGUAAAGUCUAAAAUGAGUGUGGAGGAACAGAACGAGAGGAUACGAAGAAACCAGAGCAACUCUGUCAGAGACAAGAGGCGCAGCCUCAACCUCUCCAGCAACCAGAACAAUGAUGGCUUAAAAUCAUCUGCUAACUACAGAGUGGUGCGGAGGAGAGUAACAGCUGAUGAGGUGGAUAUUAAAGAUCUUGAGGCGGCCAUAAGGGGAGAAGGUUUGGAGUCACCCAGGGAAGAAAUUGCUCGUCUGCGACGACAGGUGGAACCUGAACACUAUGACCUGGAUCUCAACAAAGAGUUAUCCAUGCCAGACAAAGUCUUGAUCCCUGAGCGAUACUUGGACAUUGAGACCAGUACACCACUCAGCCCAGAAGAGCUGCGGGAAAAACAGAAGAAAGUUGAAAGAAUCAAGACACUGAUUGCCAAAUCUAACCUGCAAAAUGUGGUGCCGGUGUUGGACGGGCCAGUGGAAGGACCCAGUAACCCAGAGCAGCAGCUUCAUGAACAGGAGAAACGCAUCGAGAUUUCCUGUGCUCUGGCUGCCGAGGCCUCCCGCCGUAGCCGGCUGCUCUCCGCACAGUGCGUUCCCAGUCCCUCUGCCUCCCCAGCCAGCCUGGUCCCUUCCCCUUCUGCUGAGUACUCUGACUCCUCCCACAUCAUGAAGGUGUGAAGCUAGCUCUUGCAGCUGUCAAAUUUGACGGUGAACCCUUCUGAGUGUCCAACAGACAAAAAAAAAGAUGGA